AGUCCGCCGGUAUGGAUGCGACGGCCGUCCCAAGUUAAGCCGUGAUGUGCCUUGCGGGACCGGAUAACUGCGCCGCAGAAACAUUUACUGAGCACCUGCUGGGUGCCCACAGAUGAGUAAGAUGAUUUCUUCUGAUUGUUUCCUUCGGGAUCUGCUUUGACAAAACCUGGAAUAUCCCGUGUAAAACAGUCUCCCUGUGAAGGGAGCGCUCACUUCCUCUGAACCCGGACAGCCUUGUCUGCCUGACUCCUCCUGGAACUGAGGAAAAUUUACCGGGCUGGUGAAUGUGGAAGCUGCCAUCUGGGUCUGGUCUGUGAAAAUGUCCUUCUGAUCACCAGUUUGGCCUUUUUAGGCAUCUGCCCUUUUAGAAAAGAGCAGAAAAUGAUGAAGUCCCAGCUGCUGUCAUCAAACUGUUGUCUGUGGGCCAAUCCAGUUCUCCAACUGUUUUUAUAAAUAAAGUUUUAUUGGCAGUACAGCCGUGCCAUUUGUUCACUGCUGCCUAUGGCUGUUUUCAUGCUACAACAGCAGGGUUGGGGGAUAGUAUCAUUCAAGGAUGUGGCUGUGGAUUUCACCCAGGAGGAGUGGCAGCAACUGGAUCCUGCUCAGAGGACCCUGUACAGGGAUGUGAUGCUGGAGAACUACAGCCACCUGGUCUCAAUGGGACAUCCAGUUUCCAAACCAGAUGUCAUCUCCAAGUUGGAACAAGGAGAAGAUCCAUGGAUCAUAAAGAGAGACAUAUCAAAUUGGAUCUAUCCAGAUGAAAAUCAGGCAGAUGGGACAAGGAAGAGUAACCUUGAGAACCCUGAAUCAUGUAUUUUGGGGUCUGUUUCCUUCCAUAAUAAGAUACUGAAAGGAGUCACAAAGGAUGAUUCAUUGUACUCCAUUUUAAAAUUCUAUCAAGGUGAUGGCCAGCUGCAGAGAUAUCAAGAAAACCAAGACAAACUUUUCAGGCAAGUAACUGUCAUCAACAACAAAACAAUGACUAUGGAGUCAGACCAUAAAUACAAUGCAUUAGGAAAAAUAUUUCAAGAGUGCAUAGAGCCAGAUAUUUCAAGACAAAGACCCCAUAACUAUCAUGCACUAAAAAAACCCUUGAAAUCUAAUAUUGACCUUCCUAGUUGUAAUAAGGGCAAUGCAAGAAAAAACCCUGAUGAGAGUUUUGGAUAUGAAAAAUCAUCUAGCCAUGGUGUGUCCAAUUCCAGUCUUGGGAAAAUUCACAAUGGAGUAAUACCCUGUGAUGAUAAUCCAUGUGGAAACAUUUUCAGCAAUAAACAGUCCCUUGUUCAACUUCCGAAUGUUGAAACUAAGGAGAAAACCUGUAUAUGUAUGACAUGUGGAAAAGCUUUUGCUAAGAAGUCACAACUCAUUGUACAUCAACGAAUUCAUACUGGAAAGAAACCAUAUGAUUGUGGUGCGUGUGGCAAAGCCUUCAGCGAGAAGUUUCAUCUCGUUGUACAUCAGAGAACCCAUACUGGGGAGAAACCUUAUGAAUGUUCUGAAUGUAGAAAAGCCUUCUCUCAAAAAUCAUCCCUCAUUAUACAUCAGAGAGUCCACACUGGGGAAAAACCAUACGAAUGUAGUGCAUGUGGGAAAGCCUUCUCCCAGAAAUCACCCCUCAUCAUACAUCAGAGAAUUCACACUGGAGAGAAACCUUAUGAAUGUAGAGAGUGUGGGAAGGCCUUCUCCCAGAAGUCACAGCUGAUUAUACAUCAUAGAGCUCAUACUGGAGAGAAGCCAUAUGAGUGUACUGAAUGUGGGAAAGCCUUCUGUGAGAAGUCCCAUCUCAUCAUACAUAAAAGAAUUCACACUGGGGAGAAACCCUACAAAUGUGCUCAAUGUGCAGAAGCCUUCAGCAGGAAGACAGAACUCAUUACACACCUGUUAAUUCAUACUGGGGAGAAGCCUUAUGAAUGUACUGACUGUGGGAAGACCUUCUCCCGGAAGUCACAGCUCAUCAUCCAUCAGAGAACACAUACUGGAGAGAAACCCUAUAAAUGCAGUGAAUGCGGAAAAGCCUUCUGUCAGAAAUCACAUCUCAUUGGACAUCAGAGAAUUCACACAGGAGAAAAACCUUAUGUAUGCACUGAAUGUGGGAAAGCCUUCUCUCAGAAGUCCCACCUCCCAGGACAUCAGCGAAUUCAUACAGGAGAGAAACCUUACAUCUGUGCUGAAUGUGGAAAAGCCUUUUCCCAGAAAUCAGACCUUGUUUUACAUCAGAGAAUUCAUACUGGGGAAAGACCCUAUCAGUGUGCUGUAUGUGGGAAAGCCUUCAUCCAGAAAUCACAACUCACUGUACAUCAGAGAAUUCAUAGCAGUGUAAAAUCAGAAUGAACUGAACACAGAAAAGCCUUCAAUAUUAGCUGAAGCCUUAAUAAAUACUAGAAACCUAA